AUGACACUGUUUCAUCCAACGAGAGCUGGCACGAGAGGUGGAAAAGAUCAAUUCAAUUGGGACAGUGUAAAAGCGGAUAAAGAUCGAGAAUGUUAUCUUGGUCAUUCUCUUAUGGCACCUGUUGGUCGAUGGCAAGAAGGAAAAGAUCUUACUUGGUAUGCAAAAGAUCGUGAAACAGAGAACAUGAAAUCAGCAGAGUUUCGCGCGGCUAAACAAAAAGAGGAAGAAGCAUUAAUGGCCGCGUUAGGGAUUAAAAUACUUCCAAAAGAUUCAACUGUUACGGAUCGCAAUCCACCAAACCAACCGAUUAUGAAAGAAAGAAGUUCAACAUCAACUCGUAAACAAAAUGAUCAACAACAUCGUCAAGGCAAACAGCGAAAAAUGGCAAAAUCUGACGCAGACACGGAAGAUGACGUGGAUAUUAGUGAAGAAGAAGUAGAUGAUAGUCCGUCAGACAAAAAUGAAAUGAUGACUGAGAAAGAAGUAGAUGAAUUGUUAAUUAGUUUAAUUAAAAAACAUGGCAUGAAAACGAUUUACAAAUCAUUGAAAUCAAAAAAAAAGAAAAAACAUCUAAAACGAAAACGUUCAUCGUCAACGGAAUCAUCAGAUUCUGAGCAUGAAAAAAGUCAAAGAAAACAUGAACAUCAUCGAAAAUCUGAUAAUAAACAAUCAGUAUCGAGUAAAAGUCAUUCAUCAUUGUCGUUGCUCCAAAUACAUUCAACAAAAUUGUUUCCUGUAAACAUUUAUCUAUCAACAAAAAAGGAAGAUGGAGCAAAACCUACGACGACCACUACUAAUCUAAAAGAUAAAACGCCGCGUGGAAAAUUAGAUGAUCAUCCAGAUCAAGAAAAACAACCGUUAGAACGUUAUCCAGAUAAUAAAAAUCCAUACACAGGCGAAAUUGGUGGGCCAAGUGGACCCGAACCAACACGAUAUGGGGAUUGGGAACGUAAAGGUAAAUGUGUGGACUUCUAA